AACAACAACCACACACGAAAUACAACCAAGAACAGCAGCAACAAUAACAACAGCCAUCAUCAACAAGAAUCCCCAACUAACAACAAAACAACCAACCAACAAAUCUACAAAUUUGUCUCCCCAAAAAGAACACACACAGAAAACAUUAAGAUAAAUAUUGAGAAGACGCGGCGGCUACAGCGAAGCGCCACAACGAUCGCCCGGAUCUGGACACAAGAAUGCAGCACGUGAGCGCUGCCAGCUCAGUGCCAUCAGUUGUAGCUCCCGUUGUGACCACUGGUGGGACGACGAUCACCUUGGGCGGCCCACCACCGCUCCCCAAAUCGGAGCACAAGGAGGAUGGCAAGCCGCCGCACGGCAUUGAGAUGUACAAGGUGAACAUCGAGGACAUCUCUCAGCUCUUUACCUAUCACGAGGUCUUUGGCAAGAUCCAUGGCGAUGUUGUGAAUCAUCAAUUGGCGGCGGCCCAUGGAGGCCAGCUGCCACCACCGCCGCCCCCCCCGCAGGCCACUAGUCAUGCGGCCAGUGCGGCAGCAGCGGCCGCAGCGGCAUCUACAAAUAAUGCCGCUGUGGCGGCAGUGAUGGCCUCCGCCAAUGCGGCGGCGGCAGCAGCAGCGGCUGCAUCGGCAGCGGGCGGCGGUGGAGGAUUACCGCCGGCCACCAGCGGCAAUGGGGGCCAGCAGGUGACGGUAACGACGACCAGCAGCUCGACGGCCAGCAGCGGCGGGAGCACCACCAGUGGGGGCACCACGACCACGGCGGGUGAGUUGCUUAUGCCUAAAAUGGAGGGCGGCAUUCAUGGCGUGGACGGCAGCGGCAAUGGCGGCGGCGGCAACGGCGGGCAGAACGUGGCGCUGGCGCCGGACGGUACGCCAAUUGCGACGGGGACGCACGUCUGCGACAUUUGCGGCAAGAUGUUCCAGUUCCGGUACCAGCUGAUCGUGCACCGGCGCUACCACAGCGAACGGAAACCGUUCAUGUGCCAGGUGUGUGGCCAGGGCUUCACAACGUCACAGGAUUUGACCCGCCACGGCAAGAUUCACAUUGGCGGGCCCAUGUUCACCUGCAUCGUGUGCUUCAAUGUUUUCGCGAAUAAUACGAGCCUGGAGCGGCACAUGAAACGGCACUCGACGGACAAACCGUUCGCCUGCACCAUUUGCCAAAAGACCUUUGCCCGCAAAGAGCAUCUGGACAAUCACUUUCGUUCGCAUACGGGCGAAACGCCCUUCCGUUGCCAGUACUGCGCCAAGACGUUUACGCGCAAGGAGCACAUGGUGAACCAUGUGCGCAAACACACGGGUGAGACGCCACAUCGUUGCGAUAUUUGUAAGAAGUCCUUUACGCGCAAGGAACACUAUGUUAACCACUACAUGUGGCACACUGGUCAAACGCCACACCAGUGUGAUGUCUGCGGCAAGAAAUAUACGCGCAAGGAGCACCUAGCCAACCAUAUGCGCUCCCACACCAACGAGACGCCGUUCCGUUGCGAGAUCUGCGGCAAGAGCUUUAGCCGCAAGGAGCACUUCACCAAUCACAUACUCUGGCACACAGGCGAGACGCCGCAUCGGUGCGACUUCUGCUCCAAGACGUUUACGCGCAAGGAGCAUUUGCUUAAUCACGUGCGCCAGCACACGGGAGAGUCGCCACACCGCUGCUCCUACUGCAUGAAGACGUUCACGCGCAAGGAGCAUCUGGUCAACCACAUACGCCAGCACACGGGUGAGACACCGUUCAAGUGCACGUACUGCACGAAAGCGUUCACGCGCAAAGAUCACAUGGUUAAUCAUGUACGGCAACAUACAGGCGAAUCGCCGCACAAGUGCACAUACUGCACCAAGACGUUUACGCGCAAGGAGCACCUGACGAACCAUGUGCGCCAGCACACGGGCGACUCCCCGCAUCGCUGCUCCUACUGCAAGAAGACGUUCACGCGGAAGGAGCACCUGACGAACCAUGUGCGCCUCCAUACGGGCGACUCGCCCCACAAGUGCGAGUACUGCCAGAAGACGUUCACGCGGAAGGAGCAUCUCAACAACCAUAUGCGUCAGCAUUCAAGCGACAAUCCGCAUUGCUGCAAUGUCUGCAAUAAGCCGUUCACGCGCAAGGAGCACCUGAUCAAUCAUAUGUCGCGCUGCCACACCGGCGAUCGGCCCUUCACCUGCGAGACAUGCGGCAAAUCGUUCCCCCUCAAGGGUAACCUGCUCUUCCAUCAGCGCAGCCACACCAAGGGUCAGGAGAUGGAGAGGCCCUUUGCCUGCGAGAAGUGUCCCAAGAAUUUCAUCUGCAAAGGUCACUUGGUCUCGCAUAUGCGCUCCCAUUCGGGCGAGAAACCGCACGCGUGCACUCUGUGCAGCAAGGCGUUCGUCGAGCGCGGCAAUUUGAAGCGCCACAUGAAGAUGAAUCACCCGGAUGCUAUGAUGCCGCCACCACCCGUGCAUCCGCAUCCGCAAAUACCGGCUGGUGUGCUGACGCAAGUCAAGCAGGAAGUGAAACCGAUCAUAAUUCCCCACCACUCGGCGACCACCACGAUGCACACCAUCCAGCAGAUAACCGCUGGUGCGGCGGGCGGUGCCGGUGCCGUGCAGCUAACGCCGGGCCUGGUGCCCCUGGUCACCUCAACGCUCAUCUCGCACAAUGCCGCCGCCCAACAGCAGUCGCAAAAGCAACAGGCAGCCGCCGCUGCAGCGGCACAGCAACAGGCCGCCGCAGCAGCAGCGGCUCAGCAGCAGGCUGCCCAGCAACAGGCGGCAGCUGCACAUCAGCAGCACCAGCAGCAAGUGGCGGCACAACAUCAGCAACAGGCUGCAGUGGCUGCCCAUCAGCAGCAGCAACAACAGUUGCAGCAGCAACAGCAAUUGCUGCAGUUGUCCAUCCAACAGGCUGCUCACCAUCAUCAGCAGGAGCAGCAUCGUCAACAGCAGCAGCAGCAACAUCAGCAACAGCAGCAGCAACAACAACAACAGCAGCAACAACACUCAGCAGCACAGCAUCCGGGCCAGGCGCCGCCUCCGCAACAACAGCCGCCACCAGGAGUGCCCAUCGCCUUGAUAAGUGAUCCCAGUGCUUUGGCCCGCGCCGCCAUGCAGCUGCAGCAUCUGCCAGCGAACGUGGAGCAACAUCCGGUUGUUUACUAACAGUAGCCCCUCCUGCACGGCUACACACCCACCACAGCCCACUCCAGCAGCACCACCAGCACCUCUAUUGCCGCCACCACGGCGGCUGCCGCCGUUGCAGCAUCGACGCAAGCGGCGUGGUGAGAUUGGCCAACCAGUGAGCCAGUGGGCUAGUUGGUGAGCCGGGCUGAAACGACAUCUCUAUAUAGGACACACAAACCAUAACAAGCACCCCCCAUAUAAGCAGCUAGUUGUAUGUACAAUAGUUUUUAGCAGCGCGCUGGUUACGCUGAUCUAUGGCCCAGAUGUAAAAACGAAGCAUUCAGAGGGGUCUUCUGGGGUGCCUUGAUUUUUAAUUACUAAUGAAAGUGGCAAUUUUCCAAUCAUUAAGUGCAAUCUGAAACAAUUUUUAGGAUUUAUUCAAUUACAAUUGUAAAUUAAACACAACAUUUUAUCAAAUAGGCGAUGUAAAGUAAUCAAUGAGCUGAUUGUAAUAUUAUCUAAUGAAUAUUCAAUUUAUUCAUAUUUGUAAACUAAAAAUGUAUUGAUUUUCUAAAGGUUUCUAUAACUACCAUUAUCUUUUAAACUUUAAACAAUUUCUAAUCGUAAGCAAAGCUUUGAACUAACAUGAAUUAAGCGGGCUGCGAGGUAAAAAUUCCCCUGUGAGGAGAUUCUUGCGUUUCUGUCAGUUUGAUUCGGAUUUCAUGAUUUGAUAUCUCAGUGAAGGCACUAUAGAAUUCAAUUUAGCAGGCUUAAAAAUCCAAGCGCCCCAGAAAGUCCUAUACAGACUAUCCCAGAAGCAAUGCCGGCUCAGCAUUGAGCCAUCUUCCUCAUUUCGCAAAACACUACUCUACUAGUCUGACGCCGCCAGCUUUAACGUGCAAUACGAAUCAUCUCAUAGUUUGUUCUUGGUAUCUUCCCAUCUAUCUCUCUCUGUAUUUUUAAUGCUUUUGGGCGCUUAGCGUUCAAUUUUUUAUUCACGUAUUUUCAACAUUUCUGAAAUGUGUGUGCCAGGCGGCGCCGCGUAGAGUUGAAUUUUUUAGCUGUGCUAAAGGCCACUCUUCUCGCUAGACAUUUUAAGCAACACUUUAGGGCGAGGGCGUGUGUCGUAACCAGCGAGAAGCGCUUCAUCUUGUAUUUUUAUUGUGUUUUUGACUAAGUUAAGAUAUAUAACAUCCAUAAACGGAGCGACAUUCAUAGAAAGCAUCCUCAUCAUAAACAUAAACAUAUGCAGAUAUGCAUAGGCAUACGAUUAUAUAUAUAUAUAUACUUUAUAGUUUGUAAAUAACACACGCAACAACAA